UUUCUUUCAUCAGCAAUUCAAAUCUCAAUCGAAAUACUCAAAGCUUCUUCUUCUCUUUAAGCUUUUUAUUCACACAGAAAUUCAGAGCAAUGGAUGCUACUAAGACAACCAAAGGUGCCGGAGGAAGAAAGGGUGGCCCAAGGAAGAAGUCUGUAACCAAAUCAAUCAAAGCUGGUCUUCAGUUUCCUGUUGGUCGUAUUGCUCGUUUCUUGAAGAAGGGUCGUUAUGCCCAGCGUGUAGGAUCUGGUGCUCCAAUUUAUCUAGCUGCUGUUCUUGAAUACCUUGCUGCCGAGGUGUUGGAGUUGGCUGGAAAUGCGGCAAGAGAUAACAAGAAGACCAGAAUCAUUCCUAGGCAUGUGCUUUUGGCAGUGAGGAACGAUGAAGAGCUGGGAAAAUUGUUGGCUGGUGUUACCAUUGCAAGUGGAGGUGUUCUUCCUAACAUUAACCCAGUUCUGUUGCCUAAGAAAUCUACAGCUUCCGAGGAGAAGGCAUCUACACCCAGGGCAACAAAGUCACCAAAGAAGGCAUAAGGCUAUCGUUUAGAAGUUUAAUCGCUCGGUUAAAUAUGCACCAAUCUUUUGUCUAGUUUAUCGGUACUUCUGGUAGUAGGACGUAGAUUUCUGUUAUGCUUUGAAAACUUUGGUGUAAUGUGCUUGGAAAUAUAAUAGAAAAUAUCUCUUUUUCUA